CAACAGCAGGACCGGCAGCAGCAGCGGCGAGAGGGUCGGUUUCGCUUCGUAGAGGCUGCGGCGAGUUACCCACAUGCCGUGCUCCAGCUUGCAGUAAUGGAACAAGAGCAGGAUCCAGCUAUGCAAGAGAGUGCCAACAUCAAGGCAAUCAGAGAAGAACACAGGAAGGCUUUUGUGUUUGUUAAUAAAGGCCUGAACACAGAUGAGUUGGGAAAGAAGGAAGAAGCAAGGAAUUAUUACAAGCAGGGGAUUGACCACUUGAUCAAGGGAGUCAGUAUUCCUUCCCAGGGUCCAGCGUACACAGGACCCCAGUGGGAUGAGGUCAGGCAGAUGCAGCAGAAAAUGAGAGAGACUCUGCAGAACGUUAGAGCUCGGCUGAGCGUGCUAGAUGAGAAUGCACAUCCCAAUCCCAUGGCAGCGAGUGCCUCUGCAGAGGAACCUAGAUUAUAUCCAUCAAUCCCUGCUAAAGAAAAGCCUGCAAGGCCUCCUGUACCUAAUUCAUUGAAAUCAACGUUGCAGCCAUCUGCCGAAGGGGCAAAUGUUGAACCUGCAGGCCCAGACCAAGUUGCCGAGAAGAGUCCUUCCUCUUCCGUCGCUCUGCCCCUUGAGGCACCCCCUGCUUAUACCCCAGAGGCCACUGAUGGGCACUAUACGGUGUCCUAUGGAACACACUAUGGGGAGUUCUCAUCUGUGGGAGACGACUUCUACAACAAGAACAUGCAGCCGCCUCCUCCUCAGAAUUACGGAGUGGAUGCAGAUGAGCUGAUCCUCAUUCCACAUGGGGUGCAGAUAUUCUACGUGACGCCCGAUGGGCAAGUUAGCGCUCCCUCAUAUCCUGGAUACCUUCGGAUUGUGAAGUUCUUGGACAGUGAAGAAGCUCGGGCCCAGAAUCGUCCCCCUGCUUUUCUUCAGGUUUGUGACUGGAUAUAUCCUCUGAUGUGCUCUCAGUCGCCUGUUCUGUCCUGCAGCACUGGAGUGUACAUGUUCCCUGACGUGAUGUCGCAGGUGUCAGGAUCCUACGUGGGAGUAGUGUUAUCUUCGGAACUCCCAGCUGGUGUCAGAGAACUGUUUGAAGAUCUGCUGAAGCAGAUGUCUGACCUUAGAGUGCAGCCAGCGGAGGCUUCCAGUGAUGUGAUCAACCUCCGCCAGACUGUGCAUAUUCAACCAGAACCUGAAGAGGGGGCAAGAGCAAUACCUGACUGGAGUGAGAAAGUCGCCCAUGGAAUCUUAUCAGGAGCCUCCUGGGUGAGCUGGGGUCUGGCCAAAGGAGCCGAAUAUACUGGAAAAGCAAUCCACGCAGGAGCAUCUAAACUGCGAGAACACAUUCAGCCAGAGCAAAAACCCGUACAAGUUAACCCAACCGUAGCAAAGGGGCUGCAAGUAGCAAAGCAUGCUACAGGAGGUGCGGUAAAAGUCAGCCAGUUCUUAGUUGAAAGCUUGUGUUCUAUUGCAAGUUGUGUUGGAAGAGAGUUAGCCCCUCACGUCAAGAAGCAUGGAAGCAAACUGGUUCCAGAUGCCCUUAAGAAAGACAAAGAUGGGAAGUCUACUUUGGAUGGAGCUCUAGUGGUAGCUGCAAGCGGAGUUCAAGGGUUUUCCACGAUCUGGCUGGGUCUGGAAGGUUCUGCGAAGUGCAUUGCUAAAAGUGUAUCUCAGGAGACGGUUCAGACUGUCACGCACAAGUAUGGGGAGGAUGCUGGCCGUGCGACAGACAAUGCAGUGAAUUCUGCCAUCAAUGUGGGUGUGACGGCUUUUAAUAUCGACAAUAUUGGUAUCAAAGCCAUAGUGAAGAAAACUGCAAAGGAGACGGGCCAUGCAGUGCUGGAUGAAUACAAAAUUAUAGAAAAAGAGAAGAAAAAAGAUGGACAGUGAUGACUCUUGUGGAUGUAUUUCCUGAAGCCUUAAAAGUGGUGUAAUUUAUUUAAAAGAAAUGAACUAUUAACAGAUGUUCCCCUUUAUUUUUCUAACUCUAAUACUUCUGGACUAAUUCCCAAUGUUUUUUUCCCAAAGGAAUCUCUUCUGGAAUGAAUGUCUCAUUCUAUCCUUGCAACAACCAUCUCAGUAUUUCUGUAAGAAAUGGAAAUUGGCAUUAUCACUAAGCUUCUACAAGAGGAAGGCUCUCAAACUUUUUUCAUACUAGUGUUAAAUUACAGUUGAGACCUAUGUUGAGACCUGUGUAUAGUGGGACUAUUUUUUUAACCUUAUUUAUAGGCAAAAAGAUAUCUGGAAUAGUUAAUAAUAUUAAUGGUUGCUGAGAUAAAGUCUGAUCAAACUGUAUGCACUACUUUUGGUUUACACAAACCUCACUGGCUAAAUAAGCUCCUUUGAAAAUAGUGUAGGCUUUUCAAAUAUAGUUUCUGCUAAAUGCAGAUUUAGUUCUCUCAACACUUGUAAUGAACCAAAGAUUUAAAUAUUGCUAUUUCUCCCAUUAGUGUUACAGGAAGUUAACCAAACUGCAAAGUCCUGGACUUCUCUGGAGUUGGCAGGUCACUCCUGUGUUGAUGGGCAGACCUAAUCCCACUUGUAAAUUUGCCUCAUCCAGCCUGAUUGUGGGAAGAGUUUUUUUGGUUUAAAUGAGGCUAAAGCUGUACUAGAGAGAAUGGUAGGCUCAGCAUAAAAGCUUUAAUCUCUGUGUUGCAGGUUUGAUCUCUAACACACAAGUGAAAAUUGCUGCUCUGUGUCUGACAUGUGGUACAUUGUAUAUGGUUAAAUAUUUACUGUGUUCUACAGCUAAUAUAAACAGUCAGUUGCUAUUAAUAUGGGAAUCGUCAAUUAAUUAACAUACCCUUGCUUUAGUUUGAUGUGAGUUCACUGAGAGCUUUCACGGAUGCCAAAUGCUGGGGUAUUGCUUGAGAAUAAAUCCACUGGUUAAGCGGCUAAUUUAUCAAAAUCCGACUGAGCUUUCUUAGGAAUUUAAAAACUGCAA